UUGUCGGCCAACCGCCAAUAAAACUGGAGAAGAAGAAGCUGCAGCGUCAGCAUCAGCAGAAGAAGAACCGGAGCAGCAGCCACAGUGACAGCUCUUUACGUCAGAGCGGACAAACGCAGCGUUAAAGAGUGAAAUCUGACGCUUCCGGAACCAUGAGUCGAAGCUACAACGAUGAGCUGCAGUUUCUGGAUAAAAUCAGCUCCAACUGCUGGAGGAUCAAACACGGCUUCGUCCCCAACAUGCAGGUGGAAGGAGUUUUCUACGUGAACGAUUCUCUGGAGAAGUUGAUGUUUGAGGAGCUUCGUAAUGCCUGUCGAGGAGGAGGUUUUGGGGGGUUUCUUCCGGCCAUGAAGCAAAUCGGGAAUGUGGCGGCGCUGCCGGGGAUCGUGCACAAAUCCAUCGGCCUCCCGGACGUCCACUCCGGGUACGGGUUCGCAAUAGGAAACAUGGCGGCCUUCGACAUGAACGACCCCAACGCCGUCGUGUCUCCAGGUGGCGUGGGUUUUGACAUAAACUGCGGCGUUCGCCUGCUGAGGACAAACCUGGACGAGAGCGACGUCCAGCCGGUGAAGGAGCAGCUCGCGCAGUCGCUGUUCGACCACAUCCCGGUGGGAGUCGGCUCCAAGGGUGUCAUCCCGAUGGGAGCCAAGGACCUGGAGGAGGCCCUGGAGAUGGGGGUGGACUGGUCUCUGAGGGAGGGCUACGCCUGGGCUGAGGAUAAGGAGCACUGCGAGGAGUACGGCCGGAUGCUGCAGGCCGAUCCCAACAAGGUGUCCUCCAAGGCCAAGAAGAGAGGCCUGCCACAGCUCGGCACCCUGGGAGCAGGAAACCAUUACGCCGAGAUCCAGGUGGUGGAUGAGAUCUACAACGACUACGCCGCCAAGAAGAUGGGCAUCGACCACAAAGGUCAGGUGUGCGUGAUGAUCCACAGCGGCAGCCGAGGCCUCGGACAUCAGGUCGCCACAGAUGCUCUGGUCGCCAUGGAGAAGGCGAUGAAGCGUGACAAAAUCACAGUGAACGACCGUCAGCUGGCCUGCGCCCGCAUCACCUCACCGGAGGGACAGGAUUACCUGAAGGGCAUGGCGGCCGCAGGAAACUACGCCUGGGUCAACCGCUCCUCCAUGACCUUCCUCACCAGACAGGCCUUCUCCAAAGUGUUCGGUACGACGCCGGAUGACCUUGACAUGCAUGUCAUCUACGACGUCUCCCACAACAUCGCCAAAGUGGAGGAGCAUAUGGUGGACGGGAAGCAGAGGACGCUGCUCGUCCACCGCAAAGGAUCCACGCGAGCCUUCCCCCCUCACCACCCCCUCAUCCCCGUCGACUACCAGCUCACAGGUCAGCCGGUGCUCAUCGGGGGGACGAUGGGGACCUGCAGCUACGUCCUGACGGGGACCGAGCAGGGCAUGACGGAGACGUUCGGGACCACCUGCCACGGAGCGGGCCGCGCGCUCUCUCGAGCAAAGUCCCGCAGGAACCUGGACUUCCAGGACGUCCUGGACAAACUGGCCGACAUGGGCAUCGCCAUCCGAGUGGCGUCACCCAAACUGGUGAUGGAGGAGGCUCCUGAAUCGUACAAAAACGUGACGGACGUGGUGAACACGUGUCACGACGCUGGCAUCAGCAAGAAGGCGAUCAAACUGAGACCGAUCGCCGUCAUUAAAGGCUGAGAGUCAGAGACAGUUUACUGAUGAUGGACGUUAAACCUGACUGUUUGUUUCAAGGGAAUUUAAGUUGAAGGAUUAAAAAAAAAAAAAAAAAAAGUUUUUGUUUUGAUGCCAAAUAAAGCCGAUCGUGCCAGAGCGGAGGUCAUAGUUCAACUCUCAGGACUGAAGAUCUCUGCAGUUUCCUGUUUCAUGGGUUCAGGCUGCCGUGCUUCCUGCAGCGAUUUAAAAAGAAGAAACGAGCAAAUUCCCUCCACGUUCUGCACGACCCGAGUCCCAGAGGGGGAUCGGGAUCUGGAGAAGUUUGAGGUUGAAAAGAGCAACAAAUCCAGGAAAAAAAAUUCAUGCCUUGAACUGUUCAACAAACUCAAUGAAACCCUGCUGGCUGAGGACACCCCAACAAACAUCUUUAAGCUGAAUAAUAAUUUCUGUUAUUUAGUGUCCAUAAAAUGAUCAUCAAAUAAAGAAGAAAGCAUGAAGUGAGCAGGUGCCGUCUUUACCUUUUGAUUAUCACAGUAAGAAAAAGGAGAAAAAGCUUUUAUCCACAGCGGCGAGAGACGGAGGAAAGACAUGCAGGCAAACUGGUGACAGGCCAGGACUCGAACCUGCACCACCCACACCACAGGGUAUGUAUGUGGUUGCCUGCUUCACCUGAGCCACCUGGGUUCCCGAUGGAGCUGCAUUUUUUAAAAUUAACCACCAUCAAUCUGAUUUUUAAAAAAAAAAAAGAAAAAAAACUUAAUUUGUUUGUGCAUUAAUGUAUUUUCUCUAGUUUAAACUCCCCAAAUAUUAAGUAUACAGCAGUGGGUCUGCCUGAAUGGCUUCAUACAGUUGGUAAUUAAUACUGUUGAUUUUUUUUCGUUGGUCGUUAACCAACUUUAAAAUGUUUGGUUAUAGUGGCAUGAAUAUACUUCCAUAUUAAAUAAAUCAGUUUUGCUUUAAUAAAAUCUGUGAAUUUGUUUGAUUGUGUUUAAUCUGUUUUCAUCCUGAUAUCUAAAUAAAGAAGCGGCAGGAAGAUGAUCAGUAAACACUUUAUUGGUUUUAACAGCGGCUCAAACAGAAGGUUCAAAAA